AUGGGUAUCCUCGAGAGGAUCAAGGAGAUUGAGGCCGAGAUGGCCCGGACGCAGAAGAACAAAGCGGUAAGGCGAGAAUAUCAUCUUGGACAACUGAAGGCAAAAAUUGCAAAACUGAGGACACAGUUAUUAGAGCCUCCAAAGGGUGCCAGUGCUGGAGGAGAUGGUUUUGAGGUCACAAAGUUCGGGCACGGUCGUGUUGCGCUUAUAGGGUUUCCCAGUGUUGGAAAGUCAACUCUUUUAACUAUGCUGACCGGGACACAUUCUGAAGCUGCAUCAUAUGAGUUCACAACCCUCACUUGCAUUCCUGGUAUUAUCCAUUACAAUGACACCAAAAUCCAGCUUCUUGAUCUUCCCGGUAUCAUUGAAGGCGCCUCUGAAGGCAAGGGGCGUGGUAGGCAGGUUAUCGCUGUCGCCAAGUCAUCGGAUCUCGUGCUUAUGGUUCUUGACGCCUCAAAAAGUGAAGGGCAUCGCCAAAUAUUAACUAGAGAACUGGAAGCUGUUGGCCUCCGUCUGAACAAAAGGCCUCCUCAGAUAUACUUCAAGAGGAAGAAGACUGGUGGGAUUUCUUUCAACAGCACAGCACCUUUAACUCAUAUUGAUGAGAAGCUCUGCUAUCAGAUACUGCAUGAGUACAAAAUUCAUAAUGCAGAGGUAUUAUUCCGUGAGGAUUCUACUGUGGAUGAUCUGAUUGAUGUGAUUGAAGGAAAUCGGAAGUACAUCAAGUGUGUUUAUGUAUAUAAUAAGAUUGAUGUUGUGGGUAUUGAUGAUGUGGAUAAUCUUGCUCGGCAACCAAAUUCACUUGUUAUCAGCUGCAAUUUGCAGUUGAACUUGGACAGGCUAUUAGCAAGAAUGUGGGAGGAAAUGGGUCUGGUGAGAGUGUAUACAAAGCCGCAGGGUCAGCAGCCCGAUUUCGGAGAUCCAGUGGUUCUUUCUAGUGAUAGGGGCGGUUGCACAGUUGAAGACUUCUGUAAUCACAUCCACAGGAGCUUACUCAAGGAUGUGAAAUAUGUGCUCGUGUGGGGAACGAGUGCUCGGCACUAUCCACAGCAUUGUGGUCUUGGCCAUGGUCUUGAAGACGAGGAUGUGGUCCAGAUAGUGAAGAAGAAGGAAAAAGAGGAGGGCGGACGAGGCCGUUUCAAGUCGCACACCAAUGCACCUGACCGAAUCUCCGACAGGCUGAGCCAGAUGCUAUUUCGGGCGACCAUCAAGCCUGGCAUCUCCGCACAAUCAUAUGACAAAUGUUGCUUUUAUCCAGAUAGUAUAUGUGCUCUCAUGCUGUAUAAGAUGAGGCAGGCUUGUGUACACGCACUCCACCCCAAGAACUCCGCCGCCGUCGCUUCUUCCUACGGGGCCGGCGCCGUCCACGAUUCCGGAGGAAACCGCCACGCGGCGCCCUUCGACCCGGCCAUCGCCGAGCUGGAGCGGCGGCUGGAGGACAAGGAGUGGGAGCGCGAGCACUACCGCAUCCUCCAUGGCGACGCCGAGAAGGACGACCACAUGAAGGAGUGGGAGGAGUUCCUCAGGGAGGAAGAGGACUUCAUCAACGACGACGAUCGCUUCAACGUGUCCGACCGCAUCCGCGCGCUGUUCCCCAAGAUCGACCUCACCCCCAAGGACGGCUUCGUCUCCCUCGAUGAGCUCAUCAGGUGGAACCUCGAUCAGGCCAGGGCCGACCAGCUCCACCGCUCCGCCAGGGAGAUGGAGCUCUACGACAAGAACGGCAACGGGAUCGUCUCCUUCACUACUUUCCGGGCGCUGCGCCAACAGUCCCAUGGGGAUGGCAACUCACUGGGGUUCCCGUGGUGGAAAGAGGAGCACUUCAAUGCUUCGGACGUCAACGGGGAUGGUUUCCUCAAUAAAACUGAGUUUCACGACUUUCUUAAUCCAAGUGAUUCGGAGAAUCCUAAAAUUGUCAACUUGCUCUGCAGACAAGAAUUAAGGCAGAGAGAUAAAGAUGGUGAUGGAAAGUUAAACUUUGAAGAAUACUUUCAUGGGCUACAUGACCAUAUACAUGGUUAUGAUGAUGAGAAUGCAGCUAUUUCUCAUAUUGGGAACAUGACAAUUGCAAAGGAGCGGUUUUCCAAGCUUGACAAAGAUAAUGACGGGUUCAUUUCAGAGCAUGAACUAGAACCUGUUCUUGAUAAGCUCCAUCUGUCAGAACACUAUUAUGCCAGACAGCAAGCCACACAUGCUAUUUCAGAGGCAGACAAAGAUCAUGAUGGAAGACUAACACUGGAAGAGAUGAUCGAGAACCCCUAUGCAUUUUAUGGUAGUGUUUACUUCAGCGAUGACGAGGACUACUUCCAUGAAGAGUUCCGUUAA